AUGAGUGCAAUAAAUGCAUCAAAACGAUUUUGGAAAGUACAGAAAACAUCUGAGACCGAUGAUAAUAAAUUAGACAAGCUCUUAGCUCAGGUAGUAGAACUGUCUGAAACAGAUUUCCGACAAAACAAAGAGAUUUCGGAGUUAAUCAUAGCAAUUCUGACAACAAACGAAAACAUCUCCAAACUGAAUCAGUCUAUUGGUCAACUAAGAGAUGUCACUACAAUGGAAGCUUCAGAGAAUUCCGAUUUUCAUCGACAUACCACUGAAAAUGGUGAUCAAGAGGAAGAUAUGAAUGAUGUACAGAGAAAGACUGAAGUUGAUGUAAAUCAAUCUGAUGGUUUUAGUGAAGAAAUACCCGACGAACAACCAAGAACAUUAUCUGAAAGUAGAGAUGAGUCGUCGAUCAAUUCUUUUGGAGAAGUAACAAAAGAUAGAACCGAUGAGGAAUUGAAUAUAUGUGAAGAAAAGACCGUUGAUCCUGACGUCAGUGGAAGCAUUGACGAUGAGCAUAAUUCUGUUGAAGAAACGAAAUCUGAAUAUUCCCCAGAGGUAGGCUCUAAUUCCGAACCAGUUGGAAACUCUAUAUUAAGCAGUCAUGCUGAUCGUACUGCUCUCGUUCUUGAACCGGAAAAAUCUAUGUCUGAAAUAGUAAAGAGUUCUUUGGACAACAACAGCAAGGAAUCCAAACCACAAAACCAAGAAAGUAGUACUUCAUUCCUAUGUUUAAGAGCAAUGGAGGAUAUUCUAACCACAGCGGAGAGUAGAGGAAAACUGAAAAGGAGGCGAACUCAGCGUGACUUCGACAACAGGCUUGUUGUUAUGACAGAGGAAUCGAAAAAUAUUGAACAAACGUUAGACACGAAGACUAAGGAUUUGCAAAUUUUUGAAAUGAAAACAGAGUAUCCUAGUUUAGAAGAUAAGAUAAUGAUGUUGGCCAAGACAAGACGCGUUGACAAAGACCAUUGGGUAGAAGAGUCAAAAUUAGCUGGAAGGAAACACGAAGCUUUAGAACAUCAACCUGGAGGUGGAUUUGACACUAUAUUUAUUCUGGAUACAUCUGCCAGCAUGGAGGGUGAUGGUAUUAAGCAGUUGAAAGGCACUGUUAAUGAUAUUUUAGAUGAAUUUCAAAGAUUUUCUGCAUUGGAUCAACAUGUUGCUGUUAUCACAUUCGGAAAAGAAAAUAGAUUUCAAUGCUAUUAUUCCAAUCGCUACUACGAGAUCAAGCAAUCAAUUGAUCAACUAACUUGCGAUGGGCCAUCACCCUUUGGAGCAGGUCUUUUACUUUCAUGCGGUGCACGAAAUGGCUUUACCAAAGUUGGGAAGUGGAACAUCAGACCAAAUAUCAUUCUAAUUUCGGAUGGCAGACCUACAGAUAUCCAUUAUCCUGAAGGUCCAGAGGAUCCAGAUAUAUACGAUACCAAUAGAACACUUGGAGAAUUAAAAAAUAUUGUUGAGGACCUAGCAAAUCUAGAUUUUUCGAUUAAAUGUGUUCCUGUUGGUGAUCCAGAUAUGUCAACACUUGAAAUGAUAUCUGGACUUUCCAUUGGAGGAAAAAUUAUCCAUCUGCAUGAGGCCAGAAAGCUUGGGAGGUUCCCACGCAACGUUGUCAUUGCCUCACAAUUGCAAUUCCAAGAUGCCAAAAGAAGACUUGCAGAGAUGGACAAACCAACUUUUGAUGCUAUGUUUGCGAAUUUAGUGACAACAGAAGAAUUUACUCAAGAUGACAAGGAUGAUAUAUUUAAGAUACUUUCUGGAUCCUUAAAAGAAUUGAAGCCAGUUGCCAAUGAUCAGGAGAUACUAAAAGAUCAAGAGUGUCAAGAGAGGGACCCUAACAUGCCUAACAUUGGCACCAGGGUAAGGCGUGGUCCAGACUGGAAAUGGAAUGACCAUGAUAGCCAUCAACUAGGCACCGUGACAGGACAUUCUAAAGACCCUGGUUGGCUUUCCGUGGAAUGGGACACAGGAGGGAAUUGUAGGCACAGGUAUGGAGCUGAUGGAUGCUAUGAGGUCGUAGUAUGUGAUGACCCUCGAGUACUAAAUGAUGAGCUGAUAUCAGUUGGCUGUUUGGUAUCCAGAGGAAUAGACUGGGAAUGGGGAGACCAGGAUGGAGGGGCAGGCAUAAUAGGAACUGUUUAUCGUGUCAGUGAAAGAGCUAUAAUCCAUGUACGUUGGCCGAAUGGUAACAGGAAUAGCUAUCGUUUUGGAUUUUACGGAAAAUUUGAUGUUCAGCUUUGUGAUCCAUUCUCAGCUGAAGUUAAAGAAGCUUUAAAACGUCAGAAUCUGAUGUCUUCUGCUAGUAGUCAAUUAAUGAACCCACCGUCGCCGUCAAAACCAACAACAAAUAUAGAUCUAAAUAAAGAAAAAGAGCCAGAAAAACAAAAUGCAGCUGAGGAAGAAAAGAUGUCUCCUGAAGACUUAAAACAUACUGGUGCCUCUCUGAACAUUAUGGAUAUGGCACCCCCUGUAAAGCACUCUGUUUGGUCGGAUUUUGAUUUUCCUGCUGAUAUCUCAAAUAGCUUUUCAAACAGGAGAAACAGACGAAAACCUUCGGCCAAGGUUACUGCUACAUCAGUCAAAAAUCCAAACAAUACAGGGGGAAAAGAAAAGACACAUGAUCAACAGGCAACAGAUUCAAAAGAUAGAUUAUUUGGAGGCACUGGUGCUUCAAACGAUGUCUUAAAUCCAGAUGUUUCAAAUUCAGGUCUAUCAACGGGAGGCGCUUUACAAAAAUUCGAAAAUGAAGAAAGUGCUCCUGCAAAGCCAAAAGUUAAAUCUGAAGAGAUUGUAAAUAAUCCUUCUGCAAAAUCAAAUAAUCAGAUCUCUGUAAAGAGUUAUAUAUCUUUAAAAGACGAGAAAGAUAUCAAUGAAGGUGGCGAAAUUUUAUUAAAAUGUUUAGUAACUGAGUCUAAUGAUAAAAAUAAGGACAGCUCGGUGUCCACGUCAAAACGUUUGGAAGACCACUAUACAGAUAAUAAGCAAAAGACAAAUAGCUUUUCAAGCGUUCAAGAUUCAGUCUCCGCAACAACGUGUUGGGAGUGGAAGGAUUCAUCUGGGCAGUGGAAACUUUAUCCUGAGGAUGUACAAGAUAAAUUGAGGGAAAAAUUUUUGAAAAACCCGAAAUCAACAGUGCUUAUAUCUUUAGAAAAUUCUUGUUUCAGAGUUGUGCUAUUUCAAGGCAAACAUAUCAACACAGAAACCAAGGAAAUAUCAGAAAUCAGGAGAUUUGAUCCUGAUCAAGUGAAAUGACAGAGAGAACAAAAUAAAUUUGUAAUAUAAAAAAAAAAGAUAGUAAUUUUUUUAUUCUUUAUUGUUUCAAAAUAAACUGAUUAUAUGGAUUUAAUUUAAACUUUACAAGUGCCAUAUUCAUGCUUUGUUAUUGA